ACAAGCCCUGCGGACUUAAUACCGACUUCUUCCUAGCCGGAGUCCCUCAUUGAUCCACUCAUAUUACAUCGCUAGCCCUAUCGUCUUGGUUUGGCCCGCAGAGAGCUUCUCUGUCGACUCGUCAUGAAAGCCCUACUCCGCAAUAAGCAGGGCUGUUGGACCUGUCGUCUGCGCAAGAAGAAAUGCGACGAAGGCCGGCCUCAUUGCUCGACUUGUGAUUAGCUUUCCAUCCCCUGCUACGGGUAUGGCCCGAAGCCCGAAUGGAUGGAUCAUGGCGAUCAGGAGCGUGCCGUCGCAAAUAACCUCAAGCAGACGGUGAAGCGUACGUCCCGGCGCAAGGUCACGGCGGUGCUCCCGAAGCGACCCGGCCCGGUCGCUAAGAUCGCGCCGAAGCCGUCGAAUGGCUCAGGGGAGAGCUCCUCGGCUAGUCCGGAGUCGAAUGGCACGCAUGCCUUGAAUCCUCCUUCGGACAAUAGCUCCUCGCAGGAUGAGGCCCAGGUACUGUUGAGUGCGCUGGCUAAUCCCCCCUCGUCUGAAUGUACCCAUGACGAUUCUCUGGCGGAUUCCAUCUUCCCGUCAUCGGCGUCCGAGUCGGCUCUCUUGAUGCAUUUUCUAGACAAUGUGUUCCCGCUACAGCAUCCGAUGUAUAAACCCGGCCCCGUCGAAGGAGGCCGAGGCUGGUUACUGGCCCUUCUACUUCGGACAAAACCUCUUUAUCAUGCUACUCUAGCCGUCAGUUCCUACCAUCGUCGAAAGCUGGCAUUUGCCUUCCAUCACCCGUGCCAAGUGGCUGGUUUGGUCGAACAGGAAAAGCACCUUGAGAUUUGUCUGAAGGAAUUCCAACAAGCAUUGAAAGCUGCCAAUCUAUCCCUCCAAAUGCUUAGUCCGGAUAAAAACAAGGGACUAGGUAUUGCGGCCUCAGUCGUUCAGCUGGUGUUCUUUGAGCUUUUCACGGGACAAGGGAAUGUGUGGAAAGUACACCUUCACGCAGCAACGAAUAUGGUUCUGGCAGCUCACGGCCAUCAUUUCAGCUGUUUCAGUAUGGAGGGAUUGUCCAGAAAAAUUCUAGUUGACAACCUCCCUCUACCGGUUGAGAAGCCUGUAGUGGCCGAACAGGUUGUUUCGUUCAGAUUCUUGACGGGCACAAUACUCUGGCUGGACAUUCUCUCUUCUAUCACGGCGGGAACACCACCGGACUUGCUGUCUUGCCAUCCCAGCGUGAUCGGCCCGGAUGCGCAGAUCCAGCUCGACCUUAUCAUGGGCUGUAAGAACUGGGCGAUGGUUCAGAUUGGUCGCAUUUCUGCACUGCAUGCGCAUAAAACGCAGGCUUUGCAGCAGGGCCACAUUGCCUGCUCGGAAAUCGAACAGACAAUUGAUGAUAUUCAGAAGGAAAUCCAGUGUGGUCUAGCCCAGGGAGGGUUGGAAGGAUUCAGUCUUUCAGAUGGCACUUCCGCGCCGAUGUUCACUGCCAUGUCGGAACCGCGCAUGUUGAUCACUCACGUAUUUGCUUGCAUGGCAUCGAUUUAUCUCCAUCUCGUCACGUACGACUUCCAGGGACUGGAUCCGUUAGAGCCGACCAUCUCACAGGCCAUGAGAAUCCUCCAAACCCAGACUCCGCCUAAUGUCUUGCCGAGUUUAGUCGCCCCGCUGUAUGUUAUCGGGUCUGUUGCCCGACCACGGGACGAGCAAUUUUUCCGGGACGUUUUCUCGUCGCCGUUACUGUUGGAUCCGUUGCUUGAGCAUCGAGGGAGGAUCCUACCAGUUCUGGAAGAAAUUUGGAGGAAGAGAAGGGACCCCCUCGGUCUUACGUGGGCAAGUACCCUCGAACUGACCCGCAAUCUCCUGCUUCAUUGAGUCCUGUGUAACAGUCGGCCUGACUUGGGCAUCAUCGAGAAUCCUGGGUCCAAGACAUCACGGUACGACCGGAAAUGGGCUGACAAAUGGAUCAAAAGGGGUUUAUAACUAAUCAUCGCAUAAUCUGUUGAUAAAUAUUCGAGUUGAUUCUUGGGUAGAAGACUGAUUUAUCAUCGAC